CUUCUCUCUUGUCUCUUCUCCCCUCCUCCUUUUAUCUGACUAUCCUCAUGCUUCUCUCACACAACCAAGCCAACACACAGACCAUCACGAGGUUGUGCAGGUCCCUUGUUCCCACUGAGACACAUUACUGAUGCUUGGCUGCAGCUGAAGAAAAGGACUACUUCUUCUCUCAAGCCCACACACACACAUACGCACGCACGUACUCGUACACAUACACACUCAUGCCCUCCGCGGCCAUGCGGCCCUUCUGCAGCCAGCUCUUCGUCAACCUCACCCUCAUUCUCAUCCCCGUCCUCCUCCUCCUCAGCCUUGCGCCCCUGGCUGAGGCCAGGAAGAAGACAGCACCGGCACCCAAAUCCGCUGUUCCUGGAUCAGGGGAGCUGAGCACCAAGGCUGGCCACAGCUGCACGUGGGCCACCUCUGAAGCGUCCGACGGCACGGUCUCCUUGCAGGUGAGCUGCUCCAUCCCAGGAGAGGUGCCCGUCCAGACUUAUGAGUGCCGUUUCGCCGGGAAGCCCGACCAGUGCCCGGCGUAUGCAGACAAGGCCAACCAGUACUGGAAACAAGUGGUGGGCAAACUGAGGAAGAGGAGCAACGUCUGCGAAGGAGAGAAGGUCCUGAAGACGCGCCUCUGCAAGAAAGCUCCAUCAGCGGCCCACGUCAGACUGGCGGAGAGAAGCGGAGAGGAUAAGACAAAAGAGGAAGAGGAGGAGGAGGAGGAGAAGGACAAGGAGACGGCGGUGCCCGUAGCGAAGGAGACGGAGGUGACGGCCAGAAGAAUGGAGAGCGAGGGGAAGCAGGAGCCUCUGCUGGGAGCAAGGGUUGGAGACGGGGCUGAUUCGGAGUCAUCCAACUUCUGCUCAGAGGGGUGGUCCUCUCUCUGUAACUUCUUUACCAAGUUCUUCGAGAAUCACGCGAAAUGAAAUGAUACUGCGUGUCUUUUCAACAGUCAGGUGAUAGAUAUUUCUCACAGAUUGAAGUUCUUCUGCAAAAUGGAACUGAUCUGUUAAUUUGUUUAAAAAUGGUAAUAUGAACAUGUUGAAAUAAGAAUACAGAUGCUGGGAAACACUUAGAGCUCAUUUUUACUUCAACUCCUAAAGUCAUAGAAACCAGGCAAUGGAUGUAGACAAAUCAGCUAAGGACAAAUGAUCGAGUGUAGCAUUUGAUGUAUAAUAUUUAAAGCAAAACUAAUCAUAUUUUUACAUGAGGGUAUCACUUUCUUGUUUGGAGCAGAGUGUUUGAUCUAACCUUUUGUAAAGUUCAUAGUACCUCUGUGAAUAAAUAAGAAAUUCGAUUUUAA